UCCCGCGCCUCCCCUUCGACAUCAUGUCAGCAGGCGCUCCGGAGAGCGGCGCGGCAGCGACUCCCCGCUUCCUUGCCCCGCCGCCCCCCCCGCCCAAGAACGGCUCGAGUUCGGACAGCUCCGUUGGCGAGAAGCUGGGGGUGGCCGCCGCGGCGACAUCGGCCGCCGCGGGCGACCCCGAGGGCUCGGAGGGUGCUGGAUGCCGUAGCGAGGAGUACCGACGUCGCCGGCACACCAUGGACAAGGACAGCCGUGGUGCGGCGGCCACGGAACACCGCUUCUUCCGCCGGAGCGUCAUUUGCGAUUCGAAUGCGACCGCUCUGGACCUUCCGCGGCUGCAGCCCGCGGCGCCUCCCCCGGCUGCUGCUGCUCGAGGAAGCAUCCCCCCCGUGUUGGGCUCUCCUCCCGAGUCUGUCAUCCAGGCAGCGGGCGCUUCUGUCACCUCGAGCCAGGCCCCCGCGUUGCUGCUUCAGCAGCCAGCACCUCUGCCUCCAGCCGCAGAAGUGCAGUCUGGUCCAGAGCUCCUGGUAGCCAAGGAGGUUGCCCCCUUAUUAGCCAAGGAGGAAGGGAUAGAAGCCACUCCACUGCCCCCUACCAGUACAGCAGGAAGCGUUGCUGCUUCUGCCCGGGAUCAGCAAGAAGGGCGGAGUAAGCAGCAGGAAGAUAUUGAGGAGCUGGAGACCAAAGCUGUGGCUGUCUCCCCAGAUGGUCGUUUUUUGAAGUUUGACAUUGAGAUUGGCAGAGGCUCCUUCAAGACUGUCUACAAGGGACUAGACACUGAGACCACAGUGGAGGUUGCUUGGUGUGAGCUGCAGGAUCGGAAGCUGUCCAAAUCAGAAAGGCAACGGUUUAAGGAGGAAGCUGAAAUGCUGAAAGGGCUUCAGCAUCCUAAUAUUGUUAGAUUCUAUGAUUCCUGGGAAUCUACAGUCAAGGGAAAGAAGUGUAUUGUUCUGGUUACUGAACUUAUGACAUCUGGCACAUUGAAAACAUACUUAAAAAGAUUUAAAGUGAUGAAAAUUAAAGUGCUGCGAAGCUGGUGCCGGCAAAUACUCAAGGGUUUGCAGUUCUUGCACACACGCACUCCUCCCAUUAUCCAUCGUGAUUUGAAGUGUGACAACAUCUUUAUCACUGGCCCCACAGGAUCAGUCAAGAUAGGAGACCUUGGCCUGGCAACUUUAAAGCGAGCUUCUUUUGCCAAAAGUGUGAUAGGUACCCCAGAGUUCAUGGCACCCGAGAUGUAUGAGGAGAAAUACGAUGAGUCCGUUGAUGUAUAUGCUUUUGGGAUGUGUAUGCUUGAGAUGGCUACAUCUGAAUACCCUUAUUCUGAAUGUCAAAAUGCUGCGCAGAUCUACCGUCGAGUGACCAGUGGAGUCAAGCCAGCCAGCUUUGACAAAGUAGCUAUUCCUGAAGUGAAGGAAAUAAUUGAGGGGUGCAUCCGUCAAAAUAAAGACGAAAGAUACGCUAUCAAGGACCUUCUGAAUCAUGCAUUCUUCCAGGAAGAAACUGGUGUGCGUGUAGAGUUAGCAGAAGAAGAUGAUGGAGAGAAAAUUGCUAUUAAGCUCUGGUUACGAAUUGAAGACAUUAAAAAGCUAAAAGGGAAAUACAAGGAUAAUGAAGCAAUAGAAUUUUCCUUUGACUUGGAAAGAGAUGUUCCAGAGGAUGUAGCACAGGAAAUGGUUGAAUCUGGGUAUGUCUGUGAAGGAGAUCACAAAACGAUGGCCAAAGCUAUAAAGGACAGAGUAUCUUUGAUUAAGCGAAAGAGAGAGCAGCGUCAGUUGGUGAGAGAAGAACAGGAGAAAAGAAAGCAAGAAGAAGUCAAUCAAAAGCAGCAGGCAGAACAGAAAACACAAGCAGGGGCUACCCAGCAAGGACCAAAACACGCUGUGCCUGCUACUAGUAUCACGGCUGUUACCACCACAUCGACUUCUGUUUCUACCCAAGUAGAACCUGAGGAACCCGAGGCAGAUCAGCAUCAGCAGGCUCAGUUCCAGCAACCCAGUGUUUCUGUAUUAUCUGAUGGCACGGUUGACAGUGGCCAGGGUUCAUCUCUCUUUAGUGAAUCAUGUGUGAGUAGCCAACAGGCUGCUUCCUUUGGUUCCCAGCAUGAACAGUCUCUUCCAGCACUUCCAGGCUCAGGAUAUGCAGUUCCUGUUGGUCAGCCACAGUCACAGCAGCCCGGAGGAUACCAGACAUCCACGGUGCCUCAACGUGGCUGUAGCAUGUCAGUUUGUGCUUCCCCACUUUUCCCCUUCCCUCCCUCCCCAGUCCCUCCCAGUUCUCCUUCCACUCCGCCAUUAGCGCUGUCUGCACCUCUUUCUUCUUCCUACCUUCGGACUGCCCCGCAGGAAACCUUUGGUGAAAAGCUUUCCAAAGCCCUGGAGAGUGUCCUGCCCAUGCACAUCACCUCUCCAUGCAACCACCGGCGUGCCAGCCUGCCUUCCCUCUUUGUCAGCCCUCCUCAGUCCAUGAUGCAUCCGUAUGGGGGAAUCCCAACAUUCCUAGAUUCCCAAGUUAUUUUUUCAACCGUUCACGAACGGCCAGUCUCUUUCUCACCACCACCCACCUGCCCUUCGAGGGUGUCCAUUUCUCAACGCCGCAAAAGCACUUCUAUCCUUGAAGCCCAAACUUGCCACUUCCAGCCCUUGUUCAAGACUAGUCAAAACUUACUUCUCCCUGGUGGUAGUCCCAUAGUUUGGACGCCGGAGACACUAGUGACAAUGAGCACAACUGCUCAUAAAUCCACAAGAGAACACAUUCAGGCUAACGCUGUAUUGAAGUCGGCUCAAACACUGAGUGAUUAUGGACCUGGACAAGCAACUUCUGAGGAUGCUACAAAAACGUUGACCCAAGAAGCACUAUAUUUAGUGGGCAUGUGCUAUCAAUCUCAUUUACCUGAACACUAUGAGACAAUAUCCUGUAAUGCUCAAGGGACUGAGCAAAACUUGCUGCAGGCUCCUGAACAAAGAAAUGUACAAGGCGGCCCUCUUCAGAAUUCUGCUUUUGAAUAUCAAACAGGGCAGACAUUUUUGGCAAGACAAAUUCAAAACUUGAGAUUGGAUUCUGGAAUGAAUCCAUUAUUGCCAGUGUCCAGCAUAUCAGCCCCAUUGAGUUCAGAUGCCACAGAGAUGAAUUUUCAUCCAGUCUUUGUUCCACAUUCUGCACCUGCUAUACUUACUCACAAUGGGGAUGGUCAAACAAGUUGUGUGUUUGAGUUCCAUGUUCAAACUCCGAGUGUAACUGCAGGAGAAAGUACAACCUUAUCUCAGUGUCUUUAUAGAAAUCGUCAUGGUUCCACAGAUUUUAAUCAGGAGGAGUCAACUCAAACAACUUUACAUCCUGUUCGUCUUCAGCCUGUAAAAGAGGAACAGUGUAACUAUAUGAGUUCUGAGUUCAUGAUGAGUAGAGGCAGUUCUGUUCUCCAGAGCUGGCUGGAAGGUAGCCCAGGGUAUUCCAGUGACUCAUCACAGUUGACUUCUUCAGAUACUGGUGAUUUUCUGUCACCUCCUCCCAGUGGGACAUCUGUAUCAUAUGCCACAGAUUUAUCUUUUUCUGCAUCUCAAAUGGCUCAGAAGGUAUUGCCAGAUUCACAGAUCUUCAUCCACUUUCCACAGGGAACUUCAUCUGAACAGGCACUCUCUGCAUUGGUUUCAACAAGAUCAUCUGUACUCUAUCCUCAGAUGCAAGGGCAGUCAGCCUCAAGUGAUUCAUCAGUGAGCACACCAUCACAACUUUUGCAGCAAAAUCAACAGACUACCCAACAGUCAGCCACCUCUCAGCAGGCUGGGCAAUACCAAGUUCCACAGCCAUCAGUUUCUACUGGAGCUGCUCCGUUACAGCCAGGAGCACAACAAGCACAAGUAUUGCCUAUGCCUCAGGUACCUGCUGGGACACAGCUUCCUGUUUCCCAAACAGUGCCGAUCAUCCAGGGUGAAUCACAGUUACCUAUGGGAGCACCUUCCCUUGCUCAGUCUUCAGCUGCCCCGGUCAUGUCUCAUUUCCUCUCAGUGGGACAACCCAUACAACCCCCACUUCUUCCACAGUUCUCAGCCUCUCAGAUGCCCAUACCAACACCUCGUGUCUCUGUGGCUCAGCCAUGCUUCCCAUCUCUAUCCAUUUCAAUGGCAGCUGGCAUUAACCAGCCAUUGCUUACUCUGGCUACAUCUGCUGCAGCAGCUGCUAUUCCUGUGGGCUCAACUGUUGUCCCUAGCCAGCUUCCAACUCUCCUGCAGCCUGUGGCUCAGCUGUCCAGCCAGAUGCUCCCACAGCUUCUUCAGCCAGGUGUUCAAUCCAUGGGAUUACCUUCUACUCUGGGACAAACUGGUGAAGUACCACUUCCAGCUACAGAUGCUCUAUACCAGGGCUUCCCACCUCGGCUACCAGCACAGUAUAUUGGAGACUCAAAUAUUGGUUCCUCUUCUGUGGCUUCUGCUUGCCUUCCUUCUGCAGUAUUGUCCCCUCCUUUACCCACAGAUGCAUUGGCUCAGCCAGGCUAUCUUGCUGCAAUAGGGCAGCCUUACAUGGAACAGAAUGUUUUAGUUUCUUUGGGCAGUCUAGGAGGACAGGUUCAAGUGCCACAGUCUGCUUCCACCCAGCAGACAGCAUUAGAGAGUACAACGCCUGGAAUCACUCAGAUUGCACCUCCAGAGCCUCAGCCCUCAAUACAGCAGCAGCCUUCACAAGCAACUCCAUUAGUUUCUUCAAUAGACAGCGCACAUUCAGAUGUUGCCUCAGGCUUAAGUGACUGCAAUGAAAGUGUUUCAGCAUCUAGUGGUAGACAUGAAGGGAGGACUACAAAGCGACAUUAUCGUAAAUCAGUACGUAGCCGUUCUCGACAUGAGAAGUCAACACGUCCCAAACUGAGAAUUCUUAAUGUUUCAAAUAAAGGUGAUCGGGUUGUGGAAUGUCAGCUAGAAACACACAACAGAAAAAUGGUUACUUUCAAAUUUGACUUGGAUGGUGACAAUCCAGAGGAAAUCGCUUCUAUAAUGGUGCAAAAUGAAUUCAUAUUAGCAACAGAGAGAGAUUCAUUUGUUGAGCAGGUUCGAGAUAUUAUAGAAAAGGCAGAUGAAAUGCUCAAUGAAGAUCCCAGUAUGGAGGCAGAAGGUGAUCAAAGUAUGGAUAGUAUACAGAACCAGAAAUUGGAUGGAGACUUCAAACAACCAGAUCCUGUGUCUUCCAUACCACAAAAAAUAGGUGUACCUCCUAAUUCAUUUACUCAGGUAGUCCAUUCUGCUGGAAGAAGAUUUAUUGUCAGUCCUGUACCGGAAAGUAGAUUACAAGAACAGAAAUUUUUCACUUCCAUUCCAUCAGAAUAUGAGCUUUUUGAUAGAAUUGCUGCUUCCACAUCUCAUGGUCCUGGGAUGAAUCUCUCACAUUCUGCAUCAUCACUCAGCCUGCAGCAAGCUUUCUCAGAUCUCAAGCAUAUGCAACUUACUGAAGGACCUAGCACAGCUCCCCCAGUUUUUAACCAAGCUGUGCCUCCUUUCCCUACUGUAGCUUCAGGUGUAAAUGGGCUGCCAUCUAUAUCUGUAACUGCUUCGUCUGUGUCACUUCCUUCCUCCACUAGUAUUCCUUUACCAGCAACUCAGUCCACAGAACAGGUGACCACAGGGCUUCCAGUGAGUGAAGAAUUGUCAGCCUCAAGCUCUCCACCACCAGUGUUGCAGCCUGGGUCACAAUUAAAUAGUGGAGUAGCUUCAAGUGUCAGUGCACCUUCAUUUUCAUCAACAACUGUAGUCCAGGUGGCUUCUGCUACUGGAGAAAUUGUUUCUAGUAUUAGCACACCUGCUUCUCUAACGUUGCCACAAGCUGGAGCAACAGGGCCUAGUGUUACAGUAUCAGGUGUUAUGGCACCAUCACUGCCAACCCAGCAGGUUGGUAGUGCUGUUUCAACAACUUCUCAAACAGUUCCUGUAUCUUUGGCACAGAGCAUUGUUUCACAGUCUUCUCAGCUGAACAUCAGCACCUCUGUUCCCAGCCUAGCAAAAAUGGUAGUGGUUAGUGUGCUGCAGCCAAGAUCAGAAAGUGAACAGGCAUCAGAAAAUCCACAGCUGUGCCAUACAGGUGAAAUACCUGUGCAUGUUUCUGUACCUAUAUUCUCUACAGGAGCAUCAAGUAUGUCUAGCAGCAGCUCCCAGCAAUCUGUGGUACAGCCAUUACCCAUCCCACCUACAGUUACCUCGUCUAGCUUUGCCACAUCGUUGGGUGUAGUCUCUACCCCAGUAUUACCCCAGGUCUCUUUGCCUGGUGUCUUACCACUGGCACAGCCAGUAGCUAAUAUACCUGCUGUCCAGCAGACUUUAAUACAUAGUCAGCCUCAACCAGCUCCAUUACCCAAUCAACCUCAUACUCAUUGUCUAGAGGGGGAUAUUGACACCCAGCCCAAAGCACCUGGCAUAGAUGAUAUAAAAACCCUGGAAGAAAAACUACGAUCCCUCUUCAGUGAACAUGGUGGAAUUGGAGCAGCUCAUCCAUCUGUGUCCCUGGAAACAUCUUUAGUAAUGGAGACCACAGUCAUUCCUGGCUUACCAAGUACUACUGUUGCACCCACAAAGCCUGUGGCAUCUAUUGCAAGUACCAGUAUGCCACCAGCAAGUUUGAUGCUUGGUUCCACAGGUCUUCCUGUCAUGACACCGGUUGCCACACCAGGGCAAGCAGGCACCCCAAUUAGUUCUGUCCCAGUGACAUGCUGUCCUGCAACAGCAACAACUAAACCAGGGACCCCUCCUUCAAAGCCACCUCUUAACCGGGCAUCGGCACUACCAGUAGGUUCUGAACUUCCAGCUGGUGCUCCACCCAGUGAGCAGCUGCCACCCUUUCUGGGACCUACACUAACUCAGUCCCAACAACCUCUGGAAGAUCUGGAUGCCAAGUUGAGAAGAACCCUGAGUCCAGAGAUGGUUCCAACAACCACAGCUCCUGUCUGUCCCCUGCCACCUGUGGCAACCUCAGCAGUUACUGGAAUGGUGUCUACAUCAGAACAACCCACAGAUACUGAUUCUCAGGAUGCAGAGAGCUGUGCCACAACUAGCACCUCAGGAGUUGCAGUUCUUAAGAUGGGUCGUUUUCAGGUGUCAGUGGCAGUGGAUGAUCAGAAAGACAGUGAAAGUAAAGCCAAGCACUUUGAUACAACAACCUCGGAAUCCUCAUCUUUGUCUAGCAGCAGUCCAGAGAGUACUCUGGUGAAGCAAACGUCCAGUGGGACAGCUGAUAAUAUUCCUGUUACUUCGGUGGAUGCAGUGGAUGGUGUUCUUUCACUCCCUUCCACCAUUCAUUUGCAGCCAACCAAGGUUGGGCGUUUCCAGGUGACAACAACAACAGACCAAGUUGGUCGCUUUUCUGUGUCUAGAACUCAAGAUGAGGUAACCUGCAUAGAGAGAGAGGUUCCUGCAGUGGUCCCUUUGUCUGUGGAUUCUGAGCAAGUUUCUUCUCCACUUACAACUCCUAAAUCAGAAUUUGCAGAGAGAAGGCCAUCUCUGCAUCUGAAUGGGCCGUCAUCUGAACUGGAAGCUGCUUUCCUGAGUGGUGCAGCUAAGGAGUUAGAUGAUGGUUCAGGGAGUCCAGAUUCUCUCCAUCCACCUGGGUCAAAGAUCAGUCUUCCAGUCCAGAGCCUUAGCAACUCAUUCAACUCUUCCUACAUGAGCAGUGAUAAUGAGUCAGACAUAGAAGAUGAAGAUUUGAAGUGUGAGCUGCAUCGAUUGCGGGAGAAGCACCUUAAAGAGAUCCAGGAACUUCAGAGUCGUCAAAAGCUGGAGAUUGAACUGCUUUACACAAAGUUGGGCAAGGUACCUCCAGCAGUAAUCAUCCCUCCUGCUGCUCCUUUAUCAGGCAGGAGAAGAAGACCUACUAAAGGAAAAAGCAGCAGGUCCAGUCGCAGCAGUUCCCAGGGUAAUAAGAGCCCUCAGAUUUUGGGAAACCUGUCUGCUCAGAGUGCCCCUUCAGUUUUGCCCCAGCAGCAGACCCUGCACCCACCUGGCAGUGUCCCUGAAACGGGACAGAACCAUCUGUUACAGCCACUGAAGCCAUCUCCUUCUAGUGAAAAUCUCUACUCUGCUUUUACUAGUGAUGGUGCCAUUUCUGUUCCAAGCCUUUCUGCACCAGGCCAAGGGACCAGCAGUAUAAACACGGUUGGGGGUACAGUAAGCAGCCAGGCACCCCAGUCUCAGCCCCCUGCCUCUAGUCGGAAAGGAACCUUUACUGAUGACCUGCACAAACUAGUGGACAACUGGGCUCGUGAUGCUAUGAAUCUCUCUGGCAAGAAAGGAGGCAAAGGACAUGGCAAUUAUGAGGGUCCAGGAAUGGCAAGGAAGUUCUCUGCACCAAGCCAACUCUGCAUCUCGAUGACAUCAUCUCUUGGUGCUACCCCUAUCUCUGCAGCAUCAGCUACCUCCCUAGGUCACUUCACCAAGGCCAUGUGUCCCCCUCAGCCAUUUGGUUAUCCAGCAGUGCCCUUUGUAGCCCCCUGGAGUGGGACAGGUGGUCCAGCACAGCAGCCUUUAAACCAGUUCCAGCCUGUGGGAACUGCCUCAUUACAAAACUUCAACAUCAGCAACUUGCAGAAAUCUAUCAGCAACCCCCCUGGCUCUAAUCUGCGGACCACUUAGUGAUUCCCAGGCAUGUUGCUGGGUAGACCUUUGGGCAGGAGCUGGGGCCUGAAUUAACUGCUAGGCUCUUUGUGCCCAAAGGGGAUGGAUUCCCCCCUCUAACCAUUGCUCUCUGCUCUCAGUAAGUAAAGCCCCCCAUUUGGAAGAUGGGGAGAAAGGUGAUCAGGAUCCUCUAUGAUGGGACAUGCUUCCUCUAAUUCUUGUGUGUGGCAGAAUGUAUAAAGAUGGAAAUCACCAUGCAAGCCAGCAGCCUCUGACAGUAAAAUUCAUUUGACUUAAGAGGCUGGAUCCUAUGGGUUGAGAAGAAAGUUGUUAGCCCUCGCAUGAAUCUUGAGUAUGCGGUUUGCCUUGCUCUGAAGAAUUAAGCCCAGGGUUUUUUACCACCUUGUCUAUUCCUUCCUUCAAAGCAUCACACCACAGUUCCUGAGCUGGUGAGCACACAGGUGGACAUGCAGAACAGCCCAUGCUUUGAGAUAAGUCAUUCCUGCUUUCAGGAAAAAGAUAUUAACAGCUUUGACAGCAGCAUUAGAGCAAUUUAAAAUGUUUAGAAGAAAAAUUUAAAAAGUUCCCUGCGGACAUGUACUUACCAUCAGUUUUGAUGUGGAAACACUGUGAUAUAUAAAUGUUGUUGGACAACAGUAGUUUAAAAAAAUGAGUGGAGUAUAGAGGGUUAAACAGUAAAAAAAAAAAUGGGAAAAAAGCUAGCUAUAUCCUGAUACUUAUUGGAGACACUUUAACUUUUUUCCUUUUAUUUUCAUUGUAUUAGAUAAAUGUGAAUGUAUAAUUGUAUAAAUUAAUGUACUUGAAUACUUGUCUGUUCUCCCAGUAUGCUUGCUGGAUAUUUUAGUGCCUUGGACUUUUUAUUGCUUCUGCAGUUAGCAUCACCUUCCCAGCAGACUUUAGACAGACCGAGGGAAAGGGGAGAGGGAGGUUACUUGGACAGUGUCACUGAAAUACCAAAGGCCUAACGCGUUGGAUGUUGAUAUUGUAACAGUGUCUGGAGGAGGUGUUGGAGGGGGAGCUACUGCAGCUAUAUGUUGAAAAAGUAACGCCAUGGAGUGGUGGGGAAAACCAGCGAAGGAUAUUGGUGGAGGGUACAGAAAUGAUGAGAUGUAGUGUAACCAGAGUAAAAGCUGGGCUGAAUGUGAGCAGAGAGAGAGGAGAGAGAGAAAGAGGUUGGUCUUUGAAAGGACAGCUCCUGUGGGCAGGCUGACUGAAAGCUACAAUGGUUUUUAGGAGGGGCAGUGGGUGUGCAGAGACUGGAGCUGAUCACUGGGAAGUGUGGAAGUCUCCAGGGAUUUGCUCCUCACUGCCCUUAAUUCUACCUAGAAAGGGCAGGAAUAAGUAUUCCUAUUGCAGGUUUCAUUGCCAAGGAUGGAUAGAUACACUUGAAACAUCCAGAAUCAAAAAUAACUUGUUUCUGUUCAAUGUCGAAAAGACUUAAAACUGGUACCAAGACUGUAACUGUGUUGCCUUCUAGUAGGUGUACUAUAGCUCCUACUUUCUACUCACCUUCGUUUCUAACUCAACAUACGGAUUCUCUAUUCAAAUGAAAGACUGCAACCAACUAGUAUUACUCUGUACUGCUGCAACAGGCUGUGAAGGGUCAAAGUACUUCUAUUUUGUAUUUGGGAGUAGCUUUACUGCUGGUCUAAAAGUUUGUAUACUAAGUAAAAAAUGUCCCCCCACCCCCCCAAAAAAGUUCCUUUAAGGUUAGCAGGGAAUUUGUUAUUUCUGUACUUGUUCACUCUACCCUCAAACAUAUGCACAGGUUUGUCUUUCCAUCCCUUUGUCUCAAGUUGAAGUUUAGAGUGGCUUUGUCAAGAAGAUAGGCGUUGGCAUGGUGGCUGAAAAACAACAGACAGCAGUCUAGGUAGCUGGGCUUCAACAACUUUUCAGACUUUAAGUCCCCGUUUUGAUGGAAUAUGGGGAAGCUGUGGCUUCCUUCUGCUGAAUUAAUGGAGAAGCCUGCACUUUGAGUUUGUGGCCAUUUUCUAAAGAGAGAAAAUGAGUUGAUGUGCAGAAAGUAUAGCAAUGAAGCAAUGAUGAGAGAUGCCACUUCAUGGUAGAAUGGUCAGCUGAGUGUUGCACGAGGAUGGUAUUUUGGUUUAAUAUGUUUGAGGUUGGGUUUUUCACUUAGUUAUGCAAGUACUGGUUUUAUUUACCAUUGAUUUCCCUCCUGUGGAUUAAAUAACUGAGGUCUAGAAGAAUUAACUAAUGCUACUGAACUGUUAAAUUAUUUUGUGUUAAUAUUACACUUUGAGUACCUUUUUCCACAAGAUCUGUUUCUGAAUUACAGAUGUUUUCUUUACAUUAUUUAACAAUGUACACUGUAAAAAUAAAAUAAAAGAAAUUCAAACCUGGGCUUCCCUGGCCGUAGUUAAUGGUAUGUUUUGCACUAAAUCCAGGCAUUGCGCUUCCUGUAUGAUUGCGCUUUGUGCUGCAGUUUGUUACCUUCUUUGUAGAUAUUUAAUGAAAUCAUUCAAAUAAACCAAACCUGCUUUUGUUGA